CAUAAAAUCAUAAAAUUCUACAAUAUUUUAAUAAGUUACAUAUCUUUUUUUUAUGGAACACUGGAAACCUACAAAGAAUUUGUUGAAGAAAUGCCUUGGGUUGUUUUGAGAUUUCCAGAAAGUGAAACAAUUGAGGCAGUACCAGCUAAGUGGUAUGACAAAGCAAACAAACUUUGUAAAUUUCCUCCCGUGGACGAUCAUACUGAGGAGUUAUCCAACUUUAUUAUUGAAGAAUAUGACCCCUUAGAGGAAUGGCCAAUACAUGAGGCAGUGUUAGAAAGCCAGACAGAAUUUGUACUGUUUAACAAAGCUCACAUUAGAGCUAGUAAAGCGUGCAAUAGCCAGAAUUACAAAUCAGAUAAAGAAACUGUGUUACCACAAAAGAGACCUCCUAAACCAAGGAAAAUAGCGAGCAGUAGUAGUGAGCAGGACUCAGAUGGGUCAGAUCUGGUUUUUGAACAUUCAUUUCCUAAGUCUAAGAAAGAACAACAUGAAAAGUGUACCCCAUCUAAAUCAAGAACUCAUCCAAAUAUUGGAUUAGAAAACAAACAGGAAGUAAAAACCGUGCAAGAAACUUCCAAACCCACACCAACAAAUGCCAAUGCUCAAGAAACUGCAAUUUCAUAUUUAAUAAGAAUAAAAAGAACGUUAGAAUUACAAGAACAAAAACUUAGUGAAAUUGACAGAAAAGUGGAUGAAUUGUCCACUAUAAUCAGAGGGCAACAAAAAAGUACAGAUAUAACUGAUGAUGAAGUUCAUAAGAAAUUACCUCUAUCCACCUUAGAAGAACUAGGAGACGUUGAAAAGCUACUAGAAAAUGCUACAAAUCUAGACAACCUUGUGAGUGAUAUUCUUAUAUUUUUAAAAUUUUUCUGAGACUUUGUAUUGAAAAUAUUCAAUGUUUAUAUUCUGACAAUUUUUAUUUGAGUACGAUUCAUCUGUAUCUAUAUCAAAAGGAGAUUCAAGCGCAUUCUCAACAAUGAAUCACACUCAAAUAAAAAUUGUUAGACUACAGUUAGAAAUCUAAUAAGUGACUGUCUGCAGGUUAUUUACAUGCGUCAGGUGGGAGGUUUUGAUUACAAGGAAAGUGUCAGGAGAUGCUUGAAAAAAAUCUUCAAUGAUCAAUUAGCAGUUAUCUACAGUUUUCAAGGUCAUAAGGGGAAAAAUCCCUUUAAUAAGACUCUAAUUUGCACUGCCGUAAUAAAAUCUAUAUUGAAACUACAUAUAGAUUGUACAUCUAAGGAAGUCGAAGUAGCCAUAAGCAAAUGGCUGACAAAAGCCAAAGAGAGGAUGAAGAAAAACGAAGAACACACAAUUAAUUUUAAUUUGGAAAUAAAGAGUUAAUUAAUAUUA